AGGCGGAGGUCUGAAAGACCCUUCCUGUGCAUUCCGAUGCAUUCGGCGUUCAUGUCAAAUAUACCCUCGAUGCUCGGGCGCCCGACGCCUCUCUCAAGAUGUUUAAAUGGUUGUGGCUUUGGAAGAUCGUGUGAUAUUCGAAAAUGUCUUAUGGCAGACAUGUCGAGCACGGAAUGUCAACGGAAGAAUGUGGUCAGGGACACAUGACGGAAAAAAGAACUAGUUCCUGUGUGGCGCACCAGUAGCAGUGAAUCGGCCUUCAGCAGUCGACGGGCUCACAAAAGACACGCCUUUCAGACUUUCAGAUUCCAUUGACAUUGAAACGCCUAUGAAACAGCGGCAUUGUUGCAGUAGGUGUACGUGGUAUCCGAGCAACAAUUAGGGUAUCGAUAACCGGUAUCCACCGGACCCGGACACUGAAAGGGCCAACCAGGCAUCUUCGGAAUUCCGGGAGGACCGCAUAGAUUUGUAUCUGUGGAAUCGCAGCAAGCUUCAACUGAGAAUGGGGCUGUGGCGCAAGUGAAGCUGUUGGUCGUCGAAGGCGCAAAACAAUCAUAGCCUGAUUUCGAACAGCAUGUCGUAUAAGUCCCAUCAGGGCAAGAGAAAGGAGAUCCGUCACUUGCCCAUUGACAUUCAUUAUACUGGGGAUUAAUGUUCGCAUUAUACAAGCUGCAACAAGCGCCAUGGAAACCAUCUGCACCAUCGCAGGUGUACGUGACCGAGUCGGGGCUUAUGGAAAAUACCGGAGGAACGCCAGAAAAGGGCAUAGCGGCCGAAUCAAGCAUAGGCAGUGCGGAUCGUCUUGCCCUACGCGCAUCAUCAGCAAUGGUGGAUUCGUAUAAGCGCUUGGGGACGAGAGGAGGUAGACCCCUAGCUAGUCGCUGUGCAUUCGAGCCCUGGCGUGCUAACCCGGCGGCUAGGGUCGACCAAAGUGCUAGGACGAAAGCUCUCAUUUCAGGGGGAUGGUCUCGCCGGCAUCCCUUGCAUUUGUAAGCCACUUUA